CUGCUUCCAACUGCACACCCCCCCCCCCACACACACACCAUGCCCGCGCCGCUGUUCACCGCUGAGAUCGCGCUGCCCGCGCAAACGACGCUCGGGGAGGGUAUCUGCUGGGACCCGCGCACGCAGCUCGUGCACUGGGUCGACAUUGACGAGUCGGACAUCCACUCGUACGACCCCGUGACCAAGCUGCACGGCGUGGCGCACUACCCCGAGACCAAGUUCAUCGGCACCAUCUCCCCGCGCGGAGAAGCAGGCCCGGGGCUCGUCGCGGCGUUCGACACGCGCGUGGUCAUUGUCAACCCGCCCCCGCCGAGCACAGCCGGCCUCGCCAGCCGCGUAGACGACAAGGCUGUCGCCGAGCUCGCGGCGCCCCUCCAGCCCGACCUGGUCGCCAAGGGCCUCGUGCGGUUCAACGACGGCGCGAGCGACCCCCGCGGACGGUUCGUCGUCGGGUCUUGUGCUGUUGAUGAGCAGGGUAACGUUGGCGAGCUUUGGAGCAUCGCCCCCGACGGCACGCAGAAGAAGAUCCUCGACGGUAUCGGUUGCUCGAACGGUAUCGACUGGAGCCUGGACUCGAAGCUCAUGUACUACAUCGACUCCAACAUCCCCGAGAUCCACGUGUUCGACUACGACGUCGACACGGGGCUCAUCUCCAACCGGCGCGUGUUCGCCACUGCGCCCCCUGACGCUGGCGACGGCGCGCCCACAAAGGGCGUGUUUGACGGGCUGGUCGUCGACGGCGUCGGCAACGUGUGGAGCGCGCGCUGGGCCGACUCGCGCGUUGUCGCCUACUCGCCCGACGGCGAGCUGCUGCUCCACAUCCGUACCCCCGGCGCCAAGAGCCCCACGAUCCCCGCGUUCGGCGGCAAGGACCUCACGACGGUCUAUGUCGCCACGGCGAGCGCCAACCUUGCGGGCGAGGGCGAGAUCCAGGCCCAGUGGCCUGCGUCCGGGGACGUCUUCAAGAUCGAGGCUGGCGAGGGGACGCCGCUGGGUGCUGCCCUCGGCAAGGCCUGGAAGGGACGCGUUCGCCACGCCUUCGGCGGUUAGAUCGGGG